AUGAGUUGUGAUGAUGCUAAGUGCUUGCGUGCACUAAUACAGAGAUGUGUAAAAAUGCAUCAGCACCGAUCGGCUAUUUUUUGGGCUGACAAAUUAAUAAACCUAUCUAAAGACACCAUCAAAGACACUCUUCUGCUUGCCGAUGUCUUGAUUAAUUCAGGUCAAUAUCGUAGAACAAUCGACCUCUUAACUAGAAAUGAUAAACUACGGGACAGUUAUUAUGCGCGUUUUCUUGUUGCCCAAUGCUACUUCAAAUGCAACGAAUUCGUUGAGGCACUUAAUGUUUUGGAGAAUUUGGAAAGCUUUCAACAGAAUCUUCUCAAGUCAACAUCUUGUUCCUUCAUUAAUUUCUCAAAUCCCGACGUCCAACACGAUGUGGCGUUAAGCGGUUCAGAUUCUGUGUAUCUUCCGGAUGGCGUUAGUCAUGUUAUGCUAAAUAGCAGCGUUGCUCUCCUACGGGGACACGUUCACGAAGCACUUAACAAUCUUGCCUUGGCAGUAAACUGUUACAAGGAGGCGUUCCGAUUGGAUCCUUUCUGUUUUGAGGCUCUGGAAAAGUUACUGAAGCUGGAGGCCCUCUCCGACGAUGGUUUAUUAUCUUCUUUUAUUAACUUUUUAGAUGAGAAUCGGAUUUCAAAGCUAGAAUUUCCUGAGUUUUCGCAGGCCCUAUCAUCUGCCACCAAAAACAUAUAUUCGUGCAAAGUUCCUCAAGGCAAUCCGGCUGGUAGUUUUGUGGAAAUGAUACCGCUGAGAAAUAGCGUGGAUGUUCUACUCACGCAAGCUGAGUAUUUUCUGUCCAUCAAUCACUACAGGAAAUGUUUCGAAAUAACCUCACGCAUCCUGGCAAAUGAUCCUUUGAAUCCAGAAUGCUUACCUGUUCACAUAUCCGUUUUGAAGAUGCUCGAUAAAUCGAACGAUCUAUUCAUGCUUGCAAACAACUUGGUUAGAAUCUUCCCAAAGUGUGCUGUUUCUUGGUUCGCGACGGGCUCCUAUUAUCUCUGUACUCACAAAAAUGAUUUGGCCAAGCGCCAUCUUCGGAAAGCUACUCAAGAAGACCGUCGAUUUGGACCCGCAUGGUUGGCAUUGGGACACGCUUACGCUGCCGACAGUGAGCACGAUCAGGCUAUUGCCGCCUACUGCACCGCCGCUCAAAUCGUUCGACAUUCCCAUAUGCCAAUGCUGUACAUUGGAGUGGAAUAUAGUUCGAGCGGAAAUCAGGCUCUAGCAGAGCGCUUCAUGCAACAUGCUCUCCAACGCAGUCCCUCUGAUCCUGCUGUUCUCCACGAAUUGGGGACUCUAGCUCUUAGCCUCAAACGGUACAACAAAGCGUUGAAGCUGUUGAAGCAGGCCUAUCACAGCAUCUCCCAACUCAGUGGUCAAGUUAUUGCGCCCUAUUGGGAACCCCUACUCAACAAUUUGGGUCACGCUUAUCGCGAACUUGGUCACUUUGAGGAAGCGUUGAAGAUGCAUACCGCAGCGCUGAAGCUGGUGGAGAACUCACCAACUACGCUGGAGACCAUGGGCUUGAUCUACGCCCAGAUGGGUCGCUACGGAGAGGCCAUUCGUGCCUUGCAGACCGCACUGCCCCUGCACACCUGCCGCACUGACUCCACCACCGCCGUAGACCUCCUAGACAUUUGCGUGCGCCAGUACGCCCGACAGCUAGAGGUGCCACUCUCGUUGGCUCCGACUAACACUGUCAAUGCUACUGCUAAUGAUGUGGUUAUCACCACCCAUAAUGAUGAGUUCGAGGUUGGACGAGAUAUCAAUGAAAGUCCUCCGAAAGAACCCUUCCAGUUGUUGGAUUACUCCCUGUCAACGACACCUCCCCCGGGCAUCCCUAGCAUAAAGGACGACUUGGACAUCUUUCAGGUCAGUGCUCCUCUACCGCAGAAAUGCGCUCCCUCCGGCGCUGCCGAUCCCGCUGAAGACGUCUCGAUGGAACUCGAUUAG